AUGCCGCAGAUAGCUCUCAUCACUGGCGGUAAACGGCAAUUCUUCUUGGAUGGCUGGAAGUCGAUUGGGACUGGGCUAAGUCGGGUUGUUCUUCCUGAUGUGAUCAAGCUCGACAUUCUCGACCAAAAAGAGGUCGAACGAGUAUUGGAUGAGACAGCACCCGAUGUCGUUGUGCAUUGUGCUGCGAAUCGAUUUCCGGACUCGUGCACUGCGAACCCAGAGGCUGCGAGGAAAAUCAAUGUGGAUUCAAGCCGUGCACUGGCCGAAGCAACAACAGCUCGAGGCAUCUUCUUAAUCUACAUCUCCACCGACUAUGUGUUCUCUGGUAAACGUGGCGAGGCGCCUUAUGAGCCGGAGUCCUCUCCGAAUCCGCCAAACGUAUAUGGGCAAACAAAGCUCGAUGGAGAAAAAGCUGUUCUGGAGGUAGCGACACAGAGAGGCAGCCAAAACAAGGUUGUGGUACUGCGAGUUCCCGUGCUUUAUGGCUCCUGUGAUGAGCCCAAAGAAAGUGCCGUCAACGUGCUCAUGUCACAAUUGUGGGCCUCUCAAAAGCUUGAAGACGAUCGAACCAAGAUACAGGUUGACGACUACGCUCUGCGUUUUCCCACGAAUACGCAGGAUGUUGGCCGCGUGUGCCGAGAUAUCUCGAAGCUAUACCUUGAUCCUGCAAACAGGUAA